AUCAUACUCCAUUGAAAAGUAUACCGAAAAUGUCGUAUGAAAAGUUGCCAUUGGAACCAUUUUUCCAAACCAUUGAUGAAUUAAAACCAAAAUUCAUUGAAAGAUUGCGUCAAGCCAUUGCCAUCCCAUCAGUGUCUUCUGAUGAAUCACUCAGACCAAGAGUUGUCGAUAUGGCUCACUUUUUAGUCAAGGAAUUGACUCAACUUGGCUUCACUGAUAUUCAAUUGAAAGAAUUAGGUACCCAACCACCACCAGUUGCUGACCCAACUUUACAAUUACCUCCUAUUGUUUUGGGUAGAUUUGGUACUGACCCAAAGAAAAAGACUGUCUUGGUUUACGGUCACUACGAUGUUCAACCUGCAUUAAAGGAAGACGGUUGGUCCACUGAACCAUUCACCAUGUUCCAUGAUGAAAAGAACGAUAUCUUGUUUGGUAGAGGUGCUACUGAUGACAAGGGUCCAAUUUUGGGUUGGUUAAAUGUCAUUGAGGCUCACAACAAGUUGGGUUGGGAAUUGCCAGUUAACUUGGUUGUUUGUUUUGAAGGUAUGGAAGAAUCUGGUUCUUUAGGAUUGGACGAAUUGGUUGCCAAGGAAGCCAACAACUACUUCAAGAAUGUUGACCAAUGUACCAUUUCCGAUAACUACUGGUUAGGUACCACUAAGCCAGUCUUAACCUACGGUUUAAGAGGAUGUAACUAUUACCAAAUCAUAAUUGAAGGUCCAGGUGCUGAUUUACAUAGUGGUAUUUUCGGGGGUAUAAUUGCCGAACCAAUGACUGAUUUAGUUAAGGUUAUGUCUACUUUGGUUGACACCAAGGGUAAGAUUCAAAUCCCAGGAGUUUAUGACAUGGUUGCUCCUUUGACUGAACGUGAAGACCAAUUAUAUGAUGCCAUUGACUUCAGUCUUGGUGAAUUGAAUGCUGCCUCUGGUAGUGAAACCUCUUUACAUGACAACAAGAAGGAUAUCUUGAAGCACAGAUGGAGAUACCCAUCUUUAUCUUUGCACGGUAUUGAAGGUGCCUUCUCUGGUGCAGGUGCCAAGACCGUCAUUCCUGCCAAGGUUGUUGGUAAGUUCUCCAUUAGAACUGUUCCAAACAUUGACUCUAAGAAGUUGGAUGAACUCGUAUUCAAGCACAUUAAUGAAGAAUUUGCCAAGUUGCAAUCACCAAACAAGUUCAAGGUUGAAUUAAUCCAUGACGGUAACUACUGGGUUUCUGAUCCAUUCAAUGAAUCAUUCACUGCUGCUUCCAAGGCCACUCAAGAUGUGUGGAAUGUUGUUCCUGAUUUCACCAGAGAAGGUGGUUCUAUUCCAAUCACUUUAACUUUUGAGAAGGAAUUGGGUGUUGACGUCUUGUUGUUGCCAAUGGGUAGAGGUGAUGAUGGUGCUCACUCAAUUAAUGAAAAAUUAGAUGUUAGCAACUAUAUUAACGGAUGUAAGACUUUGGGUGGAUAUUUACAUUACUUCUCCAAGGCAUAAACUAGUUAAGUAAUAUAGAAUUAAUGUUUAUAUUGUCAGAGAAUGAUAAUUUGAAAUUGUAAGAAAUAAACUAUAACUCGAUCU